AUGACUGCAGCCAGAUUCGGUCAGAAGUUCAACAACUUCAACAUCAUCCAGACUAUCUACAAAACAGUAGAUGGUCAUGAUAUACGGGCAGAUAUUCUGACCCCCAAGUCUCUGGAUACAACCAGAAAAAAUCCCGUCAUUGCUCGAUUCCACGGUGGAGGCUUGUCAAGAGGAGACUCAAUCUACGCAGACUGGUUCCCAAAAUGGCUCCUAGAGCUAGCGGAAGCUCACAACGCAGUAAUAAUCUCACCAAACUACCGCCUCCUCCCCGAAGCAACAGGAGUCCAAAUUCUAGAAGACGUCGACGACUUCUGGACAUGGCUCCAUUCCGAAGCCCUUACGAAGAUCCUUUCUCCACACCAAAUUGGUCUUGAUCUUGAUCGUGUCCUUGCCGCCGGAGACUCCGCAGGUGGAAUUUUGAGCAUCUACCUCACACUUUCCUACCCGGACCAGCUUCGCGCUGGGACGGCUACUUAUCCGCAACUCAGCUGGGAUCCGCCGGCUACGUAUCACCCUUCGGUGAAUGCCAUGAAUGCCGAGGUGCCGUCUUCGUACAUUGAUGAGUAUCUCGCGGGCCUCAGUCCUGGAUAUGUUGAAUCGUCUGAUUUGGAGGUGCGGCGUGCCCGUUUGCAAUUUGCAAUUUCUUGUCAUCGGAGAGGUCCGGAGUUUUAUACACGGGGCUCUGAAGGCUCGCCUUAUCGGGAGAAAUUGUUUCAAUUGGAACGAUUGGACUAUCCUGAGACAAAAUUGCCCCGUGGUGGAUUGGUUAUCAUUCAUGGGACUGAUGAUGAUGAUGUUCUAGCGGAGGUUAGUGAGAGGUUUAUGAACAAGGCGAAGGCCACUUUGAGAGGGAAACAGGGUGCUGAGAACUUGGUUCUCUGCCUUCGGCCUGGUGGGCAUGGGUUUGAUGUUGAUACGUCAUUUAAGGAGAAGUGGCUAGGUGAUGCUUUGCGGGUUGCGAUUAAUACUUGGUUGGAAUAG